CUUUCUGUACAAAACGAUUUCUACUGUAAUUUUGCUUUAUCGUUUAUCGUUCUUUCAUAUCAUGUUUUAUGCUUGUUAUGUGCGAUGUGUCAAAAUGUACAUAUGUAUAUCUAUAUAUCGAAAAUGUAAUUAAUGAUGAAUGUGUAUGUGUUGUUAAAUAAUUUAUAAAGAUUUGUUUAUAUAAGUAUUAUAAAAAUGUUGAGACGACGACAUGUCAAAGUUAAGACAGUCAAGGAACUGGAUGCAUUUCCUAAAGUUCCUGAGUUAUAUGUUGACAAAACUGCAGUGGGGGGAACAUUUUCUAUCUUUACAAUACUCAUCAUCGCAUAUUUGAUAAUAGCAGAAACAAGUUAUUUUCUUGAUAGCAGAUUACAAUUCAAAUUCGAACCAGAUACUGAAAUUGAUGCAAAGCUGCAAAUUAAUAUUGACAUAACAGUAGCUAUGCCAUGUGGUCGUAUUGGUGCUGAUGUUUUAGAUUCUACAAAUCAAAAUAUGAUAAGUUAUGAUUCUUUGGAAGAGGACGAUACGUGGUGGGAAUUAACGUCGGAACAAAGGGCACAUUUUGAAGCUUUAAAGCACAUGAAUUCAUAUUUAAGAGAAGAGUAUCAUGCUAUUCAUGAACUUCUUUGGAAAUCCAAUCAAAUUACUCUUUACAGUGAGAUGCCAGUGCGGUCAUAUAAACCGGAUUAUGCACCAAAUGCUUGUCGUAUUCAUGGUAGCUUGAAUGUGAAUAAAGUUGCAGGAAAUUUUCAUAUAACUGCUGGAAAAUCAUUAUCUUUGCCACGUGGUCAUAUACAUAUUUCUGCAUUUAUGACGGAGCAAGAUUAUAACUUCACUCACAGAAUCAAUAGAUUUUCUUUCGGUGGACCUAGUCCAGGUAUCGUGCAUCCUCUUGAAGGUGACGAAAAGAUUGCAAAUAAUAACAUGAUGCUGUAUCAAUAUUUUGUUGAAGUUGUCCCUACAGAUAUUAGAACAUUACUAAGUACAUCUAAGACAUACCAAUACAGUGUUAAAGAUCAUCAAAGACCAAUUAAUCAUCAUAAAGGAUCUCAUGGAAUACCAGGAAUUUUCUUCAAAUAUGAUAUGAAUGCACUUAAGAUAAAAAUAACUCAGGAACGUGAUACAAUUUUUCAAUUUUUAGUGAAAUUAUGUGCUACUGUGGGUGGUAUUUUUGUCACAAGUGGAUUAAUUAAAAAUAUUGUACAAAGUUUUUGGUAUAUUGUGUGCUGCAAGUUUUUAAAUUCUGAAAAGAAAGCAGAUCAUCAUGAACCAUCGAUUCCAUCACAUUCCACGAAUUAUAGGGCUCCUGAUACCAUAAAUUUACUUGAUGUCACGGCCCCACAAAAUAUUGAUAUCAUGUUGAAGCCUCAAUAAAAACUCGUGAGUUAAUAUUUUCAAUGUGAGUGUGAAAAAUAUAUAAUUAGAAAU